AUGCAGGCGCUCAAGGCCCGCGUGAUGGACGAGUGCAAGCUGCCAGAGGCUGAGGCUUCUGAGCAGGUGCUGCUCGUCCGCACGGACUUGAAGAUGGACAAGGGCAAGAUCGCGGCGCAGUGCAGCCACGCGACGCUCGCAUGCUACAAGGCGAUGCUUGUCAGCAACCCGACAAUCCUGAAGCAGUGGGAGCGGAUAGGGCAAGCCAAGGUCGCGCUCAAGUGCCCGAACGAGGAAGAGAUGCAGCGCCUCGAGGCGGCUGCCAAGAAGCUCAACCUUUGCGCACGCAGCAUCAGAGAUGCCGGACGGACACAGGUUGCGGCAGGCUCGCGGACCGUGCUGGGCAUCGGGCCAGGGCCCGUGAAGCUGAUCGACCAGGUCACCGGCCAUCUCAAGCUCCUGUGA